AUGGAAAUGCCGAUGAAGGUUCAGAUGACCCAGAAAAGGCUCAGCAAAGAUCUGGCAUUAAUCACGAAAAGAUUCCAGCGUCUUCACAGGAAGAGCCAGUUCCAUAAGAAAGCUGAAAUUCGGGCCAGUGGAAGAUAUGAUUCUGGCAACUAUCGAGGCAAAAGCAAGAGUAAGAACUACGACUCCAAUGAUGAGAAGAAAACGAAGAAGUUCUUUAACAAGAAGGACAACUCCACUUCAAAAUCUUCGUCAAGAUCUUCCUCAAGGAAUCCUUCCAAGUCCUCCUCCAACCGCAAGAAUAACUCUCGCAAGGCCAAAGCGUUCAUUGGCAAGGAGAUAGAUUCUGAUGAAGAAGAAUCAUCUGACUGCGAAGAAGCUGAUGAAUCCGAUGAGGAUUCCGACUCCGGCAUGGCUGGCAUAGCAUGUGCCUCUUCUCCUGCAACAAACUUCUUUGGGAAUCCAUCAAGCAACAAUGAAUCUCCUGCCUACUGCUUCAUGGCCAAAGCGUCGAAGGAAAAGGUAUCCUCCAAACAUCGCAAGGUUCACUCCAGUGAUCAAUAUUCUUCGGAUGAGGAUGACCAUGCUAAACUGAUAAAAAUUGCAAAUAUUCAACAAAAAUCUCUUGAGAAAAUUGAGAAAACCCUUCCCUGA